GAGGGACCCUGGGCCCUUGGGGACAACCGUGGGAUGCAGGGCUCUGUGUCCCAGAUGUCUAGUCCUGACACGUCCAGGGCUGGCAGAGCCCCCCGCCCUCGGCUCUGCCCCACACCGCUGCCGCUCUGGAGCAGCGCAUGCUGUGGCCGGGGGGGCAUCAGUGGGGCUGGACCCCUGCCCCAUGGCCUGGGCUGCUCCAGCCCCCCUGGGGCCAACAGGGCAGCCCGGACGGGGGCAGGACCCUGCCUGUCCCCACGCUGCGGGGCUGGGGCUGUGGCAGGAGCCCCCGCACGCCUGUCCCUGCGGGGCUGCAGUGCAACGCGUGGGGCUUCGUCCGGCCGAGGCACGGCCCCCUCAGCCCGGGGUGCUCGGCCGGGAUCCGGCUCCGCCAGCCCAGCCUGGGCCCAGGGAGGGCCGGGGCUGAUCCUGCUGCGGGCGUCUCCGCGGCAGGGCCGAGCGCAGGGUCCCGGGGGAGCGGGACGAGCCCCAGCCCCGCGCCCCGCUCGAUGUUGGGACGGGGCUGCCAUUGGCUCCGGCGGGGAGCGCUGACCGCCAGCCGCCUCCAAACUAUUUCCUGUUGCUGCAGCGUUAAUGCUAAACAGACCUUUCUCUCUCUUCCCUCUCUCCAGCCAAAGUACAGCGGGCUCCUGCCGCCGCUCGCCUUCCUGCCCCGCUCCGGGGCCACCCGCCACCCCGAUGCCGAGCACGUGCCGUCCCUGGAGACACUGAGCGUGGCCGGGCACAAGAUGGAGAGCCGCAAGCGGGACAUGGAGCUGCUGAGCAACAGCAUGGCCGCGUACGCGCACAUCCGAGCCAACCCCGAGAGCUUCGGGCUCUACUUCGUGCUGGGCGUCUGCUUUGGGCUGGUGCUGACCCUGUGCCUCCUGGUGCUGCGCAUCUCCUGCCGGCCCCCCGCGCGCCCCCCGCCCCGCCACCGGGACCUCAGCGAGGACGAGGACGAGGAGGAUGAGGACGAGGAUGAGGACGAGGAGGACACCGUCGACCAUGCAGCGUCCGAGUCGCUGCUGCCGAUGACCGAGAUCCCCCUGGAGACUCACGGCCCCGGGGACGGGGCGCUGGCCGUCAACGUCUUCGCCUCGGCAGAGGAGCUGGAGCGGGCGCAGCGGCUGGAGGAGCGCGAGCGCAUCAUCCGCGAGAUCUGGCGCAACGGGCAGCCCGACAUCCUGGGCACCGGCACCGGCACCCUGGGCCGUGUCCACUACUACUGAGCUCCGGCACGGGGGCAGCUGCCCCGGCACCGUGCCCAGCUCCCCCCCCGUAGCUCAGCCGACACUGUGCCACCCCUGGGACCCGACCUGGGGCCAGGAGGUGGGAGGACAGCGCGGGGUGGGGGCUGCUCACUGCCCAGGGUUGGAGGAGCCGCCCCGGAGCACCUCUGCCCCGCUGCCAGCCGCACCCAGUGCCAUGGGCACCCCCAGGGCCAGUCUCGCCCCCGCCGCUGCGGGACA